AAUAGUCUCUCACUUUCUAAAUUUCCACACAAACAUGUCUCUAUAAAUUCCAACCAAUCCAAUAAAACAUUCUCAAAGAACAACAUACCCAAAAAUAAAAAUGGUACUUCUUCAAUGUCCUUGUUGUUGCUACACACAAAACCAACAACAAAAACAAAAAACACAACCUCAUUCUCAUGAUCAUAUUCAUUCAGAAUCAUCAACUUCUUCUUCUCUUUCUUCACAACCAAGUUUACCUUCUGUUCCUUCUCUCACUUCACAACAAUCUCAGGCCACAUAUCACAAACUUCUAACAACAAUCAAUGGUCACUCUUCACCCAUCUCAUCCCUUGCUUUACACUCUAAAUUUCUCUUUAGUGGCUCUUCCAAUAGUGAAAUAAGAAGAUUUGACAAAGACCCUUUUGCUCUUCAAGGUUCAAACAAUAUCAACAACUUGGUAGCAAUCAGUAAUGGAUCAAAAUCAACCAUUAAGUCAAUGAUUGUUGUUAAUGAUAUGUUAUUUAGUGCUCAUCAAGAUCAUAAAAUCCGUGUUUGGAAAAUCGAGACAACGAUGACUAGUAAUAGUACUAAUCAAGAUCAGAGGCUGUUUAAAUGCAUAGCAACACUUCCAACAUUCAAUGAUCGUUUUUCGAAGCUUUUUUCAUCGAAAAACUACGUUGAAGUUCGGAGACAUAAGAAGUAUACAUGGGUGAAUCAUAUUGAUGCUGUUUCUUCUCUUGCUGUUUCGAAAGAUGGAUUGUUUCUUUACUCGGCUUCGUGGGAUAGAACAUUCAAAAUUUGGAGAGUUUCAGAUUUCAAGUGUUUAGAGUCAGUGAAAAGUGCACAUGAAGAUGCAAUCAAUGCAAUCGUUGUUUCAUCUUCUGGGGUUGUUUAUACAGGUUCAGCUGAUAGAAAGAUCAAAAUUUGGAGGGAAAAAAACCAUGAAGAAGAUGAGAAAAUGAAAAGUAAAAAGAAAAAGCAUUUUUUGGUUGGAACAUUGGAGAAGCAUAAAUCAGCUGUGAAUGCAUUAGCACUUAACAAAGAUGGAUCAGUUUUAUAUUCAGGUGCUUGUGAUAGAUCAAUUUUAGUUUGGGAAAAAAGCAAUAGCAUUAUUCGAAAUUGUUCCGGACUAGACCAAGACCCAGACGACGAAAAUAUGGUGCUAGUUGGUGCCCUAAGAGGGCAUACUAAGGCUAUAUUAUGUUUGGUUGUGAUGGAUGAUUUAGUGUGUAGUGGAUCAGCUGAUAAUAGUGUUAGAUUAUGGAAAAGAGGAAUUGAUGAAAAAAGUUAUACAUGUUUGGCUGUUUUGCAAGGUCAUAGAAAAGCUGUUAAGUGUUUGGCUAUAGCAGAUGAUUCCAAAAGUGGUAAAAAUGGUGGGGUUGAUGAUGAUGGUAGUUCUUAUCUUGUUUACAGUGGUAGUCUUGAUUGUGAUAUCAAAGUUUGGCAAAUACGCGUUCCCUUGAUUUGAUUUUUAUCAUAUACUAUUACUAUUUUUUUGUUCUUGUA